AUGCUAAAUAACGAAGCUAGGGCGUUGAUCCUCAUAUCCAUAUAUUCUCUCUCUCACUCUCUCUCUCUCUCUCUCUCUCUCUCUCUCUCUCUCUCUCUCUCUCUGUGUAUAUUUGGUAGUCAUGGUUACUCGGGCGCUACAACUUAUAAACAGACGACUCAUCAUGCACCAUACGGAUAUGGAGGUGUGUAUGGUGGAUGGGGUCUCCCUGCUGCGGGUGUAAGCACUUUCUCCCAUGGGCUGCAUCACCCCGUCGGAUGGGGACUUGGAGGAUACGGAUUUCACUCCCCAGCAGCCACAUCCUAUAGCCACACCACUCACCACGCACCAUACGGAUAUGGAGGUGUGUAUGGUGGAUGGGGUCUCCCUGCUGCAGGUGUAAGCACUUUCUCCCAUGGUCUGCAUCACCCCGUCGGAUGGGGACUUGGAGGAUAUGGAUUUCACACCCCAGCAGCCACAUCCUAUAGCCACACAACUCACCACGCACCAUACGGAUAUGGUGGUCUCUAUGGUGGAUGGGGUCUCCCUGCUGCAGGUGUAAGCACUUUCUCCCAUGGGCUGCCUCACUCCGUCGGAUGGGGACUUGGAGGAUACGGAUUUCACUCCCCAGCUGCCACAUCCUAUAGCCACACAACUCACCACGCACCAUAUGGAUAUGGAGGUCUCUAUGGUGGAUGGGGUCUCCCUGCUGCAGGUGUAAGCUCUUUCUCCCAUGGGUUGCAUCACCCCGUUGGAUGGGGACUUGGCGGAUACGGCUUUCACUACCCAGCAACCUCAGUAAGCACAGUUCACCACCCAGUAGGUUAUGCUGGAUGGGGACUCGGAGCUUAUGGAACUGGGUACCACUACCCAGCAGCCACAUCCUACAGCCAAACCUACCAUCACCCGACUGGAACAAUAGGAUAUGGCCUCUACUAA